GGGGCACACUUUCCCUUUUGAGAGAUCUAUGGGGAUAGCAACUGUCCAUUUCAUAGGAUUUAGAACUAGGAAAAACCUUAGAGAUCACCUAGACCAAACCUCCUCAUUUUACAAAUGACAAGACUGAAGCCCAGAAAAUAGAGUGACUUGUCCAAGGCCACUUGGGGUAACAAGUAGCUGAGGGAUUUGUACUCUUCUCUAAUUUGAAAUCUUGUUCUUUGUACAACAUCCUCUCUCCUGGGCUUUUCUCCUGUCAUAACUGGGAAAUCCUCCCUGAGUUUCUAACCCUAAUUCUGGGGUCUUUGGUCUUUUUGCUAGUUCCUUUGUGGGGCCAGAGACCUAUUGGAAAUGAGAAGGAAUGUCUGGUGAGAUAUUCAGUUUAGCUCUUCUAAAAUGGGAAUAAUUGUCAAUUAUGACAUCCUCAGGUUCCUCUUAUUCUCCCCAAGGCCCUUUAUUUCUAUUUCCUUUCCACUGUUCAAAGUUAAUGAGGUCAUGGGGGGGCCACCUGACAUUCUGAUCCCAGGUGGCUGUUAAAAAUACUCGUCCUCAGCUGGAUUGUGACACCCUGGUUGGCCUCCUGCCUGUCCUUAUGAGUCCUGGCCAGCAGGCUUCUGGCUGCAGGGUACUUAGGAACUUGGACCAGAAGAUAGGAAGGAGGAAGAUGUAGGGGAUAGGGGAAAAUUAGGAUAGAAGUGGCAAGGAGGCUGGAUUUUAAAUGAAGCACAUGAGACACUCAUAAGUCAGAAAGAUAUGUGGUGAUGUAGUGUUAUUCUCUCCCUUGAAAAAUCCCUUGAUGUGUCAAGUCUAGACAGGUGGAAUUCCCUGCUUCCUAUCUCUAGAUUUUAUUGUCUCAUUAAUGACAGCUAAUUCAGUCCCUAGCCACCCUGAGUCUAAACACAUAGACACACAGCCCAACCCUCUCAUAACUGUGACGUGUCUUUCUUUCUCUCAGGAGGAUGUUCAGAGGGAAUCCUGACCCAUAGCUCAGAUGACCUGAACUCCAGAAAGUCAUUCAUUAAAUCUAUCUUUCUUUGACCUUCUCCCUUCUCCCUUCCCCUCCCCCUAUGAAUUCAGCUCAUUACUGAGGCUUCCCAUGAGGAGGCCUUGAGAACUUUAGGGAGUGGGGAGAAGAGACUAAAGUGUCUUGCUUUGAACUGUCAAAGUACAUAGUAUGUAUUUGAGCUAUAUGGUCUAACUCCCUUGUUCUUAGAAGAAAACCAGCCUAGAAAAGAGUUACCCAGGACCACACAGACCUAUUCCUUGAGAUUAGCCCUCCUCAGGCUUGUUCCAGAUACUGGAAAUACUGUCAAGUUGAGGGGGCUUCUUGGGAGUUCAGGGGUGGAGGUUUACAGACCAGGGGUUCUUAAACUGGGGUCCACAGAUGAAUUUGUGGGCCGGGAAUGUGACAAUGAACUUGGGCAGGAAAAAAAAACUACAACUUUAAUUUCUUCUUUAGCCCUAUGUAAUUUGUUUUAAACAUUUAAGAACAUUCUGAGGAGGGGUCCCUAGGUUCUAAGGCCUCCUCAUUCAAGCCUCCCUUUCUUUCAGCUGUCCACAGACAGCAAUGCCUGAACUCUACUUUUCACAACCUCUUAAGAUCUUUGGGAGCUGCGCUGGCACCACCCCAUUCUCCCACAGGCAGUGUGGUGUCCUGGAAAGAGGUCUGGGCUUUCAUUCAGAGUAUUCUCAAAUACCAGGUCUGCCUCUUGUUUAGCUGUGGGGCCUUGGAUCAGUUGCUUCACCUCUCUUGAGCCUCGGCCUCUGCAUCUGUAAAAUGGGGACAAUCGUUCUCCCAGGUGGUAGAGAGCAACGCAUUUUGUAAACCUUGAAAAUAGGAGUAAAGGUCAGGGCCUGGGGGUCGGUUCCAUUCUUGAAGCGGAAAAAGGGGAAAAGGCCAGUGCGCACAGUAAGUUAUUGCUACCGCCAUCAUUUGCCGUUGCCCAGCAACGGGGAAUGCAACUCGACCCACCCAUUCUUCAUUUCCAGCGUUUCCGGUUAAAAAGCAGGAUGUAAUCACUUCUCCACCCUAACGCUCGGAACUCCAGGCACACCUACAGGCGGAGCCUAGACGAAGCUGAGACAUCUUUAUGACGUAGCAAAGGGGGCGUCCCUGCUUGCUAACUCCGGAGGACUCCAUUCUGCCGUACGGGAACCGGAAGUUUGGGGUUGUAGAGGCGCCUGAUUUUUGCGUCACUUCCGACCGGUUCGAUGGCGACUGCAAGCUCCGCGACAGUGGCCACGGUCGGAGCCCCGGGGGAGGGCGAGGCCGGGGGCGGGGAGAGAGCAUUGGCUGAAGGUACCUCCCCGCCCCCAGGCCGCUCCUCCCCUCCGGCCCCGGCCCGCGGCGAGCCCGAGGUCACGGUGGAGAUCGGAGAAACCUACCUCUGCCGACGGCCUGAUAGUACUUGGCACUCAGCAGAGGUGAUUCAGUCCCGUGUGAAUGACCAAGAAGGACGAGAGGAAUUCUACGUACAUUAUGUGGGCUUUAACCGUCGGCUGGAUGAAUGGGUGGACAAGAAUCGACUGGCCUUGACCAAGACGGUGAAAGAAGCUGUUCAGAAAAACUCUGAGAAGUACCUAAGUGAGCUGGCAGAGCAGCCUGAGCGCAAGAUCACCCGCAACCAGAAACGCAAACAUGAUGAGAUUAACCAUGUGCAGAAGACCUAUGCAGAAAUGGAUCCCACAACAGCAGCACUAGAAAAGGAACAUGAGGCGAUUACUAAGGUGAAGUAUGUGGACAAGAUUCAUAUUGGAAACUAUGAGAUUGAUGCCUGGUACUUCUCCCCAUUCCCAGAAGAUUAUGGGAAACAGCCCAAACUUUGGCUCUGCGAAUACUGCCUGAAGUACAUGAAGUUUGAGAAGAGCUAUCGUUUCCAUUUGGGGCAGUGCCAGUGGAGACAGCCACCUGGCAAGGAAAUCUACCGAAAGAACAACAUAUCAGUAUAUGAGGUGGAUGGCAAAGACCAUAAGAUUUAUUGCCAGAACCUGUGUCUAUUGGCCAAGCUCUUCCUGGACCACAAGACCUUGUACUUUGAUGUGGAGCCAUUUGUCUUUUACAUCUUGACCGAAGUGGACAGACAGGGGGCCCACAUCGUGGGCUACUUCUCUAAGGAGAAGGAGUCCCCAGACGGGAAUAAUGUGGCCUGUAUCCUGACCCUCCCCCCAUAUCAGCGCAGAGGUUAUGGCAAGUUCCUCAUUGCUUUCAGUUACGAAUUGUCGAAGUUGGAGAGUACAGUGGGUUCUCCAGAGAAGCCACUGUCAGACCUGGGCAAACUGAGCUAUCGUAGUUACUGGUCCUGGGUCCUGCUGGAGAUCUUGAGGGACUUCCGGGGCACACUGUCCAUCAAAGACCUCAGCCAGAUGACCAGCAUCACACAAAAUGACAUCAUCAGCACUCUGCAGUCACUCAACAUGGUCAAGUACUGGAAGGGGCAGCAUGUCAUCUGUGUCACCCCCAAGCUAGUGGAAGAGCACCUUAAGAGUGCCCAGUACAAGAAGCCGCCCAUCACAGUGGACUCAGUUUGUCUCAAGUGGGCACCACCCAAGCACAAGCAAGUAAAGUUGUCCAAGAAGUGAAUGGUGCUCAAACCAGUGCCCCUGCACCUCCCUGCAUCCCUCCCCACUGGCAGCCUUAGACCUGUGAGGGGUGCACUUUUCCCAGUUUGUAAAUAUGUAUAGACUUGUCUGCCCACCUUCAAGCCCUAAAAUAUUUUUUUAAUAAAGCUUGUCACUGUA